AUCUUCCGUGGUUAAAGUUCAAGAACAUGGCGACCUGACAGUAGAUGCUCAGUGUUACACAGCCAUGCUUUAUUCCAAUACUUAUAUUUUAUUUCCUCAGAUCAGACAUUAGCUGCGUGAUCUGUGUAUACCACUGAUCGAGUAUUAUUAAUCGUUACUAUACACCGGCUGAAACAUGCUGCGCGUUAUAUCAAGGAGCCAAACCCCUGUCAUUCAUCUUCUCGCACCUCGCGCUGUUUUGGUCGAAACAGUUCGGGGUAGAAAGUCGCGCACAGACCCGAAAGCGAAGUCAAAAAUGGGACGGAUCAAGACUCCCCCUCCUGUGGAUCCAGUGGAAAUGGUUAUACUAAAGGAGCGUUAUACCGAGUACAAUCUGAUCACGAGAGCACUGCGACUGGAGUUUAAAGAGGAGAUGUUGAGGAAGAGAUUUGAAGAAGAGGUUGGGUCCUUAGCAGAGGAGAGAGCCAAACAGGAGGCUGAAGAGCAUCGUGCACUAAUGGCUUGGAAUGAUGCAGAAAACCUCAGACUGAGAAAGUUACGAGAGCAGCGUGUGCAGAAGGAGACUGAGGAUAAGGAAAUGAGAUGGAGGGAAGAAGCCGUCUUACGCCAGCAAGAGCUGGAGAACUACAUUAAAGAGAAAGAACGAGAAAUUUUACAACUACAGGAAGAGGCAAAGAACUUCAUCACAUUGGACAAUCUAGAUCAGCGGAUUGAGGAGGCUCUAGACAACCCGAAAAACUACAAUUUUGCCAUUGAUAAAGAAGGACGUGUGGUCAAAAGAACUGUGCUUCAGUGAUAGAUACACACGUUUGAGAACCAGUUAUUAUGUACAUAAAUGUAUAAUGUUAUGGUUGAAAUGUUUGCGUGGAAAAAAAAAUAAAAAUGUUUUUCUUAAAUUGA